CUCCUCGCUUCCACCACCGUCCUCCGCCUCCGCCUCCGCCCCGCGCCCAGCACUCGUCCCUUGCUUUCUCCCUCUCUCUCUCUCUCUCUCUCUCUCUCCGCGCGCGCACCCACGCACGCAGUUUGAGAGGGUGUGCGGCGCUCGAGGGGCGAGGAGCGGGGUGGGUCAUGGCAGAGGCAGACUGUUCCGCGGCGAGGACCAGGACGGCGGGGCUCGCCGCCGCCGCCGCCGCGGCGGCGUUCCUCGUGCUCGUGGUGGUCGCCGGCAGCGCGGUGCUCCCUGGCGCGCGGGUGAGGGUCCUCGACGGCCUCCGGCACAGGAGCACGGCCGUGGCGGCGGGCGGCGCGAGGCGGUGGCUGCGGGACUCCUCCUGGCCGGCGCCGGUGGCGGCGACGACGACGACGAGGGGCAGGGCCGACGACGGCGACGCCGGCGGGCCAUCGAGGGCCGUCACCGGCGCGGUGGAGGAUCCGGAGGCCGUGGCCAACGACGUGCACGUGUCCAUCAGGAACAGCACGGCCCGGCGAAACCUCGGGUACCUGUCGUGCGGGACAGGCAACCCGAUCGACGACUGCUGGCGCUGCGACUCGGACUGGCACAGCAACCGGCAGCGGCUGGCCGACUGCGGCAUCGGGUUCGGCCGCAACGCCAUCGGCGGCCGCGACGGCAAGGUGUACGUGGUGACGGACCCGAGCGACGACGAUCCCGUGAACCCGCGCGAGGGCACCCUCCGGCACGCCGUCAUCCAGGAGGAGCCGCUGUGGAUCAUCUUCAAGCGGGACAUGGUGAUCACGCUGAGGGAGGAGCUCAUCAUGAACAGCUUCAAGACCAUCGACGGGCGCGGCGCCAACGUGCACAUCGCCAACGGCGCCUGCGUCACCAUCCAGUACGUGACCAACGUCAUCAUCCACGGGCUCCACAUCCACGACUGCAGGCCCACGGGGAACGCCAUGGUGCGCAGCUCCCCGAGCCACUACGGCUGGCGCACCAUGGCCGACGGGGACGGCGUGUCCAUCUUCGGUUCCAGCCACGUCUGGGUGGACCACUGCUCGCUCUCCAACUGCGCCGACGGCCUCAUCGACGCCAUCAUGGGAUCCACGGCCAUCACUCUGUCCAACAACUACUUCACCCACCACAACGAGGUGAUGCUCCUGGGCCACAGUGACUCCUAUGUGAAGGACAAGGCGAUGCAGGUCACGAUAGCCUUCAACCAUUUCGGCGAAGGCCUCAUUCAGAGAAUGCCAAGGUGCCGGCACGGCUACUUCCACGUUGUGAACAACGACUACACCCACUGGGAGAUGUACGCCAUUGGGGGCAGCGCGGAGCCAACCAUCAACAGCCAGGGCAACCGCUACCUUGCUCCGACGAACCCGUUCGCCAAGGAGGUGACCAAGAGGGUGGAGACUGCCCAGACCGUGUGGAAGAGCUGGAACUGGAGGUCAGAGGGCGACCUGCUGCUGAACGGCGCCUACUUCACCCCGUCCGGCGCGGGCGCCUCGGCCAGCUACUCGCGCGCGUCCAGCCUCGGCGCCAAGUCGUCGUCCAUGGUCGGCACCAUCACCUCGGACGCCGGCGCACUGUCGUGCCGCAAGGGCGCGGCCUGCUAGCGCGGAUCGCGCUCCCUCUCCAGCAACAGGAAAAGAAACAGGACAACAGGAAACUAAGCCACCUCAACACCACCACCACCAUGGUUACAGUUUCUUCUUCCCUUCUUUUUAGGGGUCGCUUUUGACAAGGGUUAUAUUAUAUAUAUAUAUGAUGGUCCUCCUUGAUAUUUUCACCAUUUGCUCAACCUCCCCCCUGCUCCCGACAUGGAAAGCUACCUGGAGCAGCAGGCGUGAAGCGUUGCUGAUUGGUCGCUCGGUCUCUCUAUUAGUCGUCUGAUCUGAGUGUUGCGUGUUGUUCCCUCUGCCUACAAGCAAGUGGUGUAUGUUGAGGGCAGGGGGUGCGUGCGUGCGUGUUGUGUGUGAUACUUACUCACUUGGUUGUUGUGUUGAGAAAAAAAGGGUCAGAUUGUUAGUAGUGGUAGUACUACAUGUUACGCCUGGACAGACUGGGAUGGAAUGGAUGUACAAGACAUGGAGGAAUACCCAUGUUCUUAACUCUUCUUCUUCUUCAGUGAAAAAAGCUAAAACGUUACAGUUUAGCUGAAUAUUUUGAUCUCGAA